AUGGUCUUCUACGAGGCCAACACAGCUCUGUUCGCGCUGGGAGGCGCCUACCUGCUUCACCGGCAGUAUUACAUGCCCGGGCGACCUGCAGGAAAGGUGGAGAGCGGAAGGUUGAUGGAGGACGUGGAGGGUACCAGUGACGAUGGCACCGAAGCCGACUCGUCCGACGCCACUCGCAAGUUCCAGAUCAACUUCUUCUCCGUCUAUGCCCUGGCCGUUGCGGUCGACUGGCUCCAGGGCCCGCACAUAUAUGCCAUCUACCGGUACGACAAGCAGUUACCGGAAAAGUCGGUCGCGGCCCUGUACGCGGCCGGGUUCGUCGCCGGCGCCGCGAGUGCCUCGUUCGCCGGUGGCCUAGCAGAUCGCUAUGGUCGGCGUGCCGCUUGCUUCUGCUACUGUGCCGUCUACGCGCUGGCCUGCCUCUCGAUGCUGAGCGAUGAUCUCCUGGUCCUGUUCCUCGGCCGGCUUUGCGGCGGAAUCAGCACCACGCUGCUGUUCAGCGUGUUCCCGGCUUGGAUGAUCACCGAGUACCACAGCAGGGGCCUGCAGGGCAGCGAGCUGGACCUCAGCAGCAUCUUCAGCAAGAUGUCGUCGCUGAGCUGCGCGGUCGCCAUCUCGUCGGGCAUCUUGGGCGACGCGCUCGUCACCUACUCGGGCUCGCGGGUAGGGCCGUUCCUCGCGGCAACAGCAUGCGCCGCCGCCGCGGGAUACCGCAUCGUGACCACCUGGGAGGAGAACUACGGUACCCAGUCGAGCCCCAAGACAUCAACUCUGUCCGGCGUCAAAUCCAUCCUUGUCGGCCUCUUGGACCUCCGCGUCCUCUCCCUGGGAAUCACCUCUUCGAUCUUUGAGGGGACCAUGUAUCUUGUUGUCUUCUUCUGGUCCGCCGCGCUCAAAAGCGCUCGGGCUCACGCUGGCUCCGAGGACGAGCUUCCGUUCGGCCUCAUCUUUUCGAGCUUCAUGUGCUGCAUGCUGGCCGGCUCCGCCAUCUUCGCCCUGUCGUCGCAUUCGCACGAAAACGUCACCUUCAUGCUGAUGGCGGCCUUGUUGACCGUCAGCUGCUGCCUGUCGGCGGCCGUGCUGGCCACGACCAACGAAGUGGCCGUCUUUUGGGCCGUCUGCGCCAUCGAGCUGUGCAUUGGGGUCUAUUUCCCGUCCAUCGAGCUCCUGAAGAGCGAGGCCGUCGAGGACGGCGUCAGAGGCCGCACAUAUAGUCUCAUGAGGGUGCCGCUGAACGUGUUCGUGGUGGUGGCUCAUGCCUUGGACCAAGAAGGUGACGAGCAUCGGAAUAACGUCUUCAUGGUAUGUGCGGUCCUGUUGAUCGUCGCAUUCUUCAUCAUCAGGAGGGCUUUCGCGAGCUAG